GCUUCUUUCUGCUCUCCCACACAGGCAGGAGUGAGAGGCCCUUGGAGUCGCUGGCACUGGGAGCUUUGGAGCAUCAACGGUAACCAUGAGUCUCUUGCUUCUGCUGUGUGUGUCCUUGCCCCUAAUAUCAGCAACAGUCGUAUUAGAAGAUCAUGAAGACUUGGAUGGCACAUUGCGUGUCAGCAUUCCAAUGGAGAUGCCUCUUCUCCCUCUGCUGGGAGGAAAGGUAGUGGUCCCAUGUUACUUCCUGGACAACACAGUCAAUGACCCCGGAGCCCCAACCAUCACCCCACUCUCCCAUCGUAUCAAAUGGUCCUAUGUGGUCAAGGAGAAAGUCACCACAAUCCUGGUGGCAUCAGAGGGAAAGGUUCAGGUAGAGGCAGAAUAUUUGGACCGAGUGACAAUGGUCAACUACCCCCUGGUGCCCACUGACGCCACUUUGGAAAUAACAGAGCUGAGGUCCAAAGAUUCUGGCACUUACCGCUGUGAAGUGAUGCAUGGCAUCGAGGAUAAUUAUGACUCUGUGGACAUCCAGGUUCAAGGUAUUGUGUUCCACUACCGAACCAUCACCGAUCGCUACACGCUGACAUUUGAAAUGGCCAAGGCAGCCUGUAUCCAGAACGGUGCCACCAUUGCCACUCCAGCCCAACUCCAGGCUGCCUAUGACGAUGGAUACCACCAGUGCGAUGCUGGGUGGCUCUCUGAUCAAACUGUCAGGUACCCCAUCCAUGUGCCCCGGGAGCCUUGUUAUGGAGACAAGGAGAACUUCCCUGGAGUGAGAACCUAUGGAGUGAGAGAGGUCAACGACACCUACGACGUAUACUGCUUUGCAGAGAAGAUGUCAGGCAGAGUCUUUUACUCCAUGUCUGUGGAGAAGUUUACUUUCUAUGAAGCAAAAGAUCAGUGUGCCAAACUUGGAGCCCGGCUUGCGACCACUGGAGAACUUUACCUGGCCUGGAAAGGUGGCAUGGAUGUGUGCAACGCUGGCUGGCUGGCAGACGGAAGCGCACGCUAUCCUAUUAAUGUCGCCAGGCCUCAGUGCGGAGGGGGGCUCCUGGGAGUGAGAACUGUCUACCUGUUCACCAACCAGACAGGAUACCCCUUCCCAGAUUCUCGUUAUGACGCCAUCUGCUUCCAUGAUGGAGAGGAUGAAAAUGUUGUGCCUGGGAGGACCACUCCAUUCCCAGACAUCAUUAGAAUUACACCCACUCCUGGUUUGUACCCAGGCAUCACUCCAUAUCCUGGUAGGGAAGAGGUUAAGGGUGGAGAAGUGGAUGUCUUCUCACCUCUGCCACUUCCACCAAGUGUGACAGACACGUACACCAAAGUGACCCCUGCUGUACGUGAACCUGGAGUCGACCUGACAGGCAUAGAUGCUGCAAUGGCCUCCACAGGUGUUGUGUUCCACUAUCGGCCCAUCACUGGUCGGUACACUUUGACCUUCCUGGAGGCUCGGCAGGCCUGUGAGAGUAUUGGGGCAGUCAUUGCUAGUCCUCAGCAGCUGCACGCAGCGUUUGAGAAAGGUCUGCACCAAUGUGAUGCGGGUUGGCUCCGUGACCAGACAGUCAGGUAUCCAAUUGUGUCACCAAGAGAUAACUGUGCAGGUAAUCUGCAUUACCUUCCAGGAGUCAGGUCCUAUGGCCUGAGGCCAGCCAGUGAACAAUACGACGUAUUUUGUUAUGUAGAACGUUUGCAAGGUGAGGUCUUCUUCACCAGUGACUAUGACAGCUUCUCCUAUGAGGAGGCUGUGCAUCACUGUCAGAAACUGAACACCACUCUGGCCACCACUGGACAGCUGUUCGCCGCCUGGAACCAAGGCUUUGAUAAGUGCCGUCCAGGUUGGCUGAUGGACCGUAGUGUCCGCUACCCCAUCACAACCCCCAGGUCCCACUGUGGAGGCGGCCUGGUGGGAGUUCACAUCAUCUAUGCCUUCCCCAACCAGACAGGAUUCCCAGACGAGCACUCACGCUAUGACGCAUACUGCUUCAAAGCUGAAAUUCCAGUUGUUCACACUGAAAAUGAAACCAGUGUAAAUAUGACAACACUGACAGUGGACGUCAUCAACAGGACAACAGUCACAAUCGAUCACUUUGCUCCCACUGUUGAAACUACUGUCGUCUACAAUGAAACGGAAUUCGGAGUUAAUAUCACUGAAAUAGAGGAGUUCAUCAACGAGACAACUAUCUCAGUAGAAGUUGUUCCUCCUGUGAGUCGCCCUUUACCCCCAGUCUCUGUCGAUGUGUCAGGCUCUGGUUCAGCUGAUCAUUCAGCGAGCGGGGAGCCCUCAGGAGUGUCUGCCAGUGCCAGUGGGGACGCCUCUGGUUCAGGACAAAUCACCUUCAGUGGACACACAGAUGUCUUCUCUGGGGACCAGUCUGCCUCUGGAGGCCCCCAGGAGGCAGAAGGAGGAAGUGCUGUCAUCUUCUCCUCUGGAGAAUCGGGUAGUGCUUCUGGAUCUGGGGAGGGGGUUGAUGGACAGCAAUCUGGCUUUGGGGUAUCAGGAUCAGGUUUUACCAGUGGAAGUGGGGACAUCAGUGGUAGUGGGGUCAUAAGCGCGAGUGGGGCCAUCAGUGGGAGUGGAGCCAUCAGCGGGAGCGGAGACAUCAGUGGGAGUGGAGCCAUCAGUGGGAGCGGAGCCAUCAGUGGGAGUGGAGCCAUCAGCGGGAGCGGAGCCAUCAGUGGGAGCGGAGCCAUCAGUGGAAGUGGGGAUAUUAGCGGUGUUGGAGAGUUGGUGAUCAUCAUGGUGGAUGGGAAGAUGGUGGAGGUAUUGAAAACCCACAGACAACCGGAUGAGCAAGUGUUGGGAAAGGAUGGUAUUGAAAUAAUUGAAUCAAGUGCAUCUGGAUCAGGAAGCACCUCUGGGUCAGGCUCUGGUGAAUUAUCUGGCAUCUCAUUUAUUGACCACAGUGGUGUUGACCUGACCAUUCAGCCACCUGGAGAGCAGGAGGUGUCUGGAUAUCGUCCUUUUGGAUCAGGCUUCCACAGUGGCUUUCCCAGUGGUUUUCCUUCUGGUAUUUCCGGAAGUGGCUCUGCCUCUGCCUCUGGAGACUCUUUCCUGCACCAUGAUAAUGUCAUCUUUGUAACAGAUGAUGAGGUGAUGGAAGUGGCUGUGACACCGUUGGUAGACCAACCUCAGCAAGGCCGGGGGGUGGUGGAGGUAAGCGGGCAAGGAAGUGGGUCAGGGAUCCACCAUGAAUUCAGUGGCACUUUGGAUCAAAGCUCACAUUUCUCAGCAAGUGGAGCCCCUGAAGAAGCCAGCACACUUUAUGUUGUGACCCCCGAAGCAGCAUAUACCAGCCCAACUACAGCACCAUCUGUGUCAUUAGCAAGUCCUGCUGUUGUGGAGCAGCCUGACGUAGUGGAAGCCUCUCCAGACCCUUGUAACCCAAACCCCUGUGGUUCAGGAAAAUGCUCUGUGCAGGGAGAGCUUGCUAUAUGUCAGUGUCCUAAUGGCUUCACUGGUGAAGACUGCUCAACACCGGUGCAGGGCUGUGCUGAAGGCUGGUUGGAGUUCAUGGGCAGCUGUUACCUUCACUUUGCGGAGCGAUACACCUGGUCUGAUGCUGAGCAGCGCUGUCAGGAGCUCAAUGCUCAUCUGGUCAGCAUCAACUCCCAGGAGGAGCAGGAGUUUGUCAACUCAAAUGGACAAGACUACCAGUGGAUUGGGCUCAAUGACAAAGACGUGCAGAAUGAGUUCCGCUGGACAGACAGGAGUUCUCUGACCUUUGUGAACUGGAGGCCCAACCAGCCAGACAACUACUUCAACUCUGCGGAGGACUGUGUGGUGAUGAUCUGGCAUGAGGGUGGACAGUGGAACGAUGUGCCGUGCAACUACCACCUUCCCUUCACCUGCAAGACUGGACCAGUUAUGUGUGGAGCUCCCCCUGAGGUGCAACAUGCCAAGACAAUGGGCAGCAGCAGAGACCUCUACCCCGUCAACUCCAUAGUCCGCUACCAGUGUGAUGCAGGCUACACACAGCGCCAUCUGCCUGUCAUACGCUGUAUGCCAGAUGGACAGUGGGGGGAGCCACAGGUGGAAUGUACAGAAGCUGGUGCCAACAGUAACAGGCUACACAAAAGAUCCCUCAGGAGAAGAAGUAAGGCCAUCAACAGCCAACAGGAACAGAGGAGGCUGCUCUGAGCAGGAGUGAAAGGACAUACAAGAGCCACAAAGGACCCCCUUUUUAAAGAAGCAUGGACACCAAUGCAAAUGCCCGACCAAAAAGAUAACAUUCCCUCUCUUGUAUAUACACUAAAAACUAAAGCACAUUUAGACAGCGAUAGUGUAACUGACUUAUGUUUUGGAUCUUUGAGUGGCACUCUGCACCCUCUGAAGGCAGUUUCUCAAUUUAUUUAUAGCAUUUUAACUGAUAGCUGUGAGCCAGUAUUUGGAAGUGUUAUCUCAGUGCAGUCGGUCCUAAAACAAGUUUUCAGGUAAACAAAGUCAGUAAUAACACAUGCAAUGUCCAAAACAGUCCAAUACAGAUGUUUUCCAGUUGCAGCUGAUUCUCUGAGGUCAAACAUUGUUACAUAGACUUUUUGCUCAUUUUAGGGUAUAUUUCUAGAUCUGUGUUUGUUAGCAUUAUUUUUUUAUUUCUUCCAUUGGUUCUUACAUUUUAAAUGUGAGUUCCAGACUGGUGAGGGAAGACUGGUUCUUAAAUUACAGGCAUAGACAAUGGUUCUCAAGCUUUUUGGUUGUGAUUCCUUAAAUUUCCCUUUACUUGAAUCAUCAGAGGAGUAAUUGACGCUUACAGCGACUCUGCACUGCAUGAAAAAUAAAGUUUAAGUAGAGGCAAAGGAGAAAUACAUACAAAAGAUAGUGGAGUAGAUAUUAAAAAAAACAUAAUAAUCUUUCUUGAGACCCACAUUGUCUUGUCACAACCUCAAGUUUGAGAACCACUGUGCAACGACACCACCACAGCAGUAUCACAUAUACUGACAUGAUUGUACUCUCUCAUUUAAUGAUGAAUAAAAGUCCAAGUUUAAGAAGUACUUACAGUCACUGCUACAAACCUGGAUUGAAGUAGUCAGCACUCAUGCACUUUGGGGAUUCAUCAGUCUGUGCUAAUCAUUUGAAUCCAGUGCACCUUAAAUACUAACACAACAACAACAAAUACAUUUAGGAACAAAAGGAAAGCAUUGGUAUCUGACAGUUAUACAUUACACUGAAUCAGCUGGUCUCUUUUGACAGGAGGAGCCCCCAGAUUGGUGCUAAACUCCACCUCAUUGGAUCAUUUCACUUUUGCAAAAGUUUUCAUGUUAGAUUUUAUAUUUGCAACUUCUCAAGAGCGCUCCAUGACUUCUGUCUGACACUAGAGUCAUGCUUUUAUGGGAUUCAAGGUUCACUGAGUGAUGAGUUUCUCACUGUAAAUAUUCUCACAAUUCUCUGAACAGCGGGAUCUGUCAAUAACUAACUCAUAUUAGUCAAUAACUCAUCAGCAAUCUGUUUGUUGAUAUGUUAGUUUAACUGUGAAGCUGCAGUUAUGAGUUGCCCCUGAAAUGGAUAGGACUUAUUUAACAGCCAACUGUGCAGAAGUAGACACAAGUGGAGUUUCCAAUUCAAGCCUCAAUAUCUGUUUCUGACUGUGCUACACGUGACAGACUGUGAUGUACUUGAGGAAUAAUAUGAUUUGUAGAGGAGCUGUGAAAGGCAGUCGAAUGCUUUUGAAAUGAUGAAAAGGGAGAUGGAAUUUAAGGUGGAAUGGGAAGUUAUAAAAUGUUGACCAUGACCUGCAAAGGUCAAGAAUAGCUUCUGCACUGAGAGCGGACACACAUGUCCAUGUCUGACUUCUCUCACAGACACAGAAACAGCCAAACACAGUUUGGUGGACAUACAGGUUAUUCAGCAGGGGAGUGAAUCUGAUCACACCACCAAGUAAAAUGAGAUGUUUGCUCGAAAAUGUGUCUCUUAAAGAAGUUAGUGAACCCAAAUUGCUGAAAUUUCAACUCUAUGUCAACCUUUGAGUGAUGGUGUGGAGGACAGUUGAAGAACAUCAGUGAGCUGGAUUAAGAUGUGAAUCCAAAUCUGUGUUUGUUAUUUCCCAAUUCCUAAAGAUAUAUUUUAAAAGAUAAAUGAUGUGUAAUGAUGCACACAGACAUCACCAAUGUUGUGAUUUUUGAUUAGAUCUCUGAUGUGAGCAUACAGUAUACUCCUGCUGUGCUGUGCCAAAUAAAACGUGGAAUCAUC